AUGGAGAUUCGCCUUUGGCCAAAUCAAGAGUUUAGAAUUGAGGUCAAUGAGACCCAGAAGUUAAAAGUGAUGGUUGUUUCUGGGUUGGCAGAGGUCAAAGGACAAGAGUUGCUUAAUGAGAAAUGGUAUGCAUUCAAGGACACAAAGACAUUUAUAUUCACGUUUUCGGGGUGCAAGCUCAAGGUUGAGGGUGCAUGCGAUCUUCAAUAUGUAUCUGAUACAACAAAUGUCCCCCUGAUAUUCAACAUCCUAAGCUUCUUCUCUAAGAAUGGAUUCGACUAUAGCAAGCUCAGAACAUUUAUGGUUAUAGGGAAUGGAAGGUCUACGUUUUGCUUCACAUUGAUUAAUUUCUUUGUAAGGAUGGGUAAGAAGGUUUUGUUCACGGAGGUGGAUCCAUCUCGAGGGAACAUAUUCCCUGGGGCACUAAGCACAAUCCAUGUAGAUACAUUGGUAGACUGUAUUGAGGGACUCCGGCUGAAGAAUCCAUUGUCCUUCUACUAUGGGUCUACAGAAAUAACGAACAUGGAGCUAUACGACCUCCAAACAACUAAACUACAAGAAGCUAUAAAAUCUAAGGGUGUCGAGGAUCUUCACCUGAUACUUUGUCCAGAGGGUACAUCUGCAUUUUAUAACACAUUAAUAAAGAGAUUUGAGGUUGAUAGGGUUAUUGUUGUAGGAAAUGAAAGACUAUAUCACUCCUUGGACACGAUAGCAGAGAAGCUUAUGAUAAAUAGAAGCGGGUUUGUCGAGGAAAAGGAGGUGGGAAGAAGCAUUUCUAGGUACUUCAAAGGAGUCAAUAACGAGUAUACACCCUUUACAUUCAACGUGAAGUACAAGUGGAGAAUUGUAAGGAUAGGGGAGAUGUAUGUUGCGCCAGUUAGCGCCUUACCAUUAGGAAGUACAAGGAAGGUAGGAUGCGUGGAAGCCUCUGAGGUGGAGAUUGGGGAGAACUCGGUGCUAGGAAUUUCUGAAGCCAGGGAGAUAGAAGAUGUUGCAGGGUCUCCGAUUAUUGGAUAUGUGGUUGUGAUUGAUGCAAAUACAUUCAAGAUACUGUGCACUCAGCCGAGACUUCCAAAGUAUACUUUCUUGGUACAAGGGGACCUCAAACAUAUCGAGUAUUAG